AUGGCCGCGCUUCCCAAGACCUUCAAGGCGGUGGUGCUUACCGAAUCCAACGGCCCGUUCGAACUGCAAGAUGUUGAGCUCCAGCAUCCCGGCCCCGGCCAGGUUCUCGUCAAGGUGCUCGCGUGUGGCUUAUGCUUCUCCGACAUUGGCCUGGCCCGUGGGGAUAUGGGAGACGUCUUCCCCCGAACCCCAGGGCACGAGAUUGUCGGUGACGUCGUCGAGCUUGGGCCCGGCGUGGAAUACAUUUCUAUCGGCCAGCGCGUUGGCGGUCCCUGGCACGCCGGCCACGAUGGCCAAUGCCGGGCAUGCCGCCGCGGCCAGUUCCAGAUGUGUGACGAGGCCGCCGUCAACGGCUUGACCAAGGACGGCGGCCUUGCGGAAUACGUCCUGCUCCGCCAAGAGGCAGUUGUUCGCAUCUCCAAAGAUGCCGACCCGGCACAGGUUGCUCCGCUGCUGUGUGCCGGCGUCACCGUGUUCAAUGGCAUCCGAAAGAUGCAUGUCGAGCAAGGCGCGCUGGUGGCGGUUCAGGGACUCGGAGGCCUGGGCCAUCUUGCUGUGCAGUACGCCCAUAAAAUGGGCUACGAGGUUGCUGUCCUCUCCUCGGGCGACGACAAGGCCGACUUUGCCAAACAAUUGGGUGCCCAUUACUACAUCAACACCAAGAAACUCGACGGGCCCGGCGAGCUCAAGAAGCUCGGCGGCGCGGCCGUCAUCGUUCAAACAGCCCCCAGUCCCGCAGUCGUGGGUAGACUGCUCGCUGGGCUUGCUCCGGGAGGCAAACUUCUGUCUCUAGCUCCUGUUGGUGGUGUAGAGAUUGACACAGUUGCCAUGGUUCUCCGCGGCUUGAGCGUGGCCGGGUGGCCUUCAGGUCAUGCAUUAGACAGUGAGGAGGCUAUCCGUUUUGCUCAGACUCACGGCAUCAAAUGCAUGAUUGAGAAAUACCCCCUGGCCGAUGUUCAAAAAGCGGUCGAUAGCCUCGUGGCUGGCAAGCCUCGAUUUCGCAAUGUCCUCGUCAUGCAGUAG